UCAAAAGAAGUAUGGAGCAGCAGAAGUGGUACUUCUGAAAGACAUCACCACAAAAAACCUGUGGCCGAAAAGAAAGCAAGGUCGUAUGUCCCGGCCCAAACACAGCAGGCUACCCCGCCACGAAGAUUAUCAUCCGUAUGUUCUGUCCCCCCACUCCAAAUUUUGGACACACCUCCAAGACGUCAUCCACACUCCCCUCAUCUUGAUUCUUCUAGUCCUGGGAACAGCAUCCCUCCGCAACAACAGCAACACAGUGACAUGGAGGAGACAAACAUCUUAGAAAUGCAGCCAUUAAUGCAAGGAAUGAGCCCCCCAACACCUGUGAGUACACCACCACAGCAAAGCACACCACCACCACAACACAGCCCAACAACACCAGGAACACAAGGCCCUGAUCAGGUGUUUUGGACCACUUGGGCUAGACAGCAGUCCACUAAUGAAGAUUGCCUGCGUAAGCAGACACAAAUGUUUGCAAGCCUACCAUCUCACCUCAGAAGAAUAUCAAGAAAUCUGAGUAGACAAAAUGAACAAACAACCAGAAUAGGCAAUACCAUGGAACUCAUGCGUACAGACAUUACACAGGUCAUGGGCAACUUACAGUGCAUAAUGGAAGAAAAGCACAGACAACAGCAAAGUUAUAUGAGCAUUUUUCAAAACAAUCAAAAGAUUAAUGAAAGUUUAUUCCGAAUAGUAGACAAUCAAAAUACUGCUACACGUGAACUCAAUGCCACCCUCACUAACCUGAAUGAAACACUCAGAUGCAUGCACCAACAGCAAACAAGCAGCAGUUCUGGUACGACUACUUCAAAUAUCAUGCCAGUCUCAUCACCACCAAGACUCUCCACCAGAACACGACAACAUGACAGUGCUAAAGGCAAAGGGCAGGACAAGCAGCCACCAAAAGAAACGUGAAAAAAAUACAAGUUAGACAUUUGUGAUAAGUAACUCAAAAUAGUUAGUAAGUGUAUUUUUGGCGAAAAAUAUAUAACACUUAGCUCCUUGACACUUUUUUCAACAUCAUUAAUUAUAAGUGCUACAAACAAAAACAAAAAAUUUGUACGCACAUUUAUUCUUUACCAUUUUUUUUUGUAUUGGAGGAGGGAAAUGUUGAUGGAGCCACACAUACAUGUUAGCAGGAAGUAAACUGACCACUUGAUUUUUUUUUCUAAUCAUUACUCUUUCUAGAUUCCAAUCAUUCUCUUUUCCUGCAGACAAUCCAAAUUACAAUGUUAUUGAUACAUAUUUUAGCUUUCUUCUCUAUUCAACAUUACAAGAAGAACACAAUUGAGUUGCGUAUAAAGCUUGUAAUAUGUUGGCUUUGUUUUGUUUUAAAAACAUUGACAAAAUGAAUGUCAGUAUUGUUGGGACAUGUUUGUGUGUGUUAAAAAUUAGUAAGAAUGUUUUUACACAUGAUGGUGAAACAAACAAAUAUGUACUUUUACAUCAAAAAUCAAAGAAUGUGUAUAAUAAUGUAUAUGUGUGGCAAACUGUGUAUUUACUUACACAUCAUC